AUGAUCAGUAUCAAGAAUGAAAAAGAAGGCAGAGAGCCAGAGACUGACCUGCAACAGGAGGGUUUUGACCCACCACAUCAAAGUGACACAAGAACUAUUUAUAUAGCCAACAGGUUUCCUCAGAAUGGCCUUUACACACCUCAGAAAUUUAUAGAUAACCGGAUAAUUUCAUCAAAGUAUACUGUGUGGAAUUUUGUUCCAAAAAAUUUAUUCAAACAAUUCAGAAGAGUGGCAAACUUCUAUUUUCUUAUUAUAUUUUUGGUUCAGCUUAUGAUUGAUACACCUACCAGUCCAAUUACCAGUGGACUUCCAUUAUUCUUUGUGAUAACAGUAACUGCCAUAAAGCAGGGGUAUGAAGAUUGGUUACGACAUAACUCAGAUAAUGAAGUAAAUGGGGCUCCUGUUUAUGUUGUUCGAAGUGGUGGCCUUGUAAAAACUAGAUCAAAAAACAUUCGGGUUGGUGAUAUUGUUCGAAUAGCCAAAGAUGAAAUUUUCCCUGCAGAUUUGGUGCUUCUGUCCUCAGAUCGACUUGAUGGUUCUUGUCAUGUUACAACUGCUAGUUUGGAUGGAGAAACUAACCUAAAGACACACAUGGCAGUUCCAGAAAUAGCAGUAUUACAAACAGUUGCCAGUUUGGACACUCUUAUAGCUGAGAUAGAAUGUCAGCAACCAGAAGCAGACUUGUACAGAUUUAUGGGAUGAAUGAUAAUAACUCAACAAAUGGAAGAAAUUGUAAGACCUUUGGGGCCAGAGAGUCUCUUGCUGCGUGCAGCCAGAUUAAAAAACACAAAAGAAGUUUUUGGUGUUGCUGUAUACACUGGAAUGGAAACUAAGAUGGCAUUAAAUUACAAGAGCAAGUCCCAGAAACGGUCUGCAGUAGAAAAAUCAAUGAAUACAUUUUUGAUAAUUUAUCUAAUAAUCCUUAUUUCUGAAGCCAUCAUUAGUACUAUCUUGAAAUAUACAUGGCAAGCUGAAGAAAAAUGGGAUGAACCUUGGUAUAACCAAAAAACAGAACAUCAAAGAAAUAGUAUUGAAAUGCAGAAGUUUCUUGGAUCAUUUUUCAUUGGCUGGGAUCUUGAUAUCUAUCAUGAAGAGUCAGAUGAGAAAGCUCAAGUUAAUACUUCUUAUCUGAAUGAAGAGCUUGGACAGGUGGAGUAUGUGUUUACAGAUAAAACUGGUACACUGACAGAAAAUGAGAUGCAGUUUUGGGAAUGUUCAAUUAAUGGCAUAAAAUACCAAGAAAUCAAUGGUAGACUUGUAUCUGAAGGACCAACACCAGACUCUUCAGAAGGAAACUUAUCUUAUCUUAAUAGUUUAUACCAUCUUAACAACUUAUCCCAUCUUACACCCGGUUCCUCUUUUAGAACGAGUCCUGAAAAUGAAACUGAACUAAUUAAAGAACACGAUCUCUUCUUUAAAGCAGAAUCAUGGGUAAAGAAGGAAGACAAGCUGCAAGAAACAGUGACUAUGCAAUAG